UAAACAGUACUGCCUAGUGCCUACCCACUAAAGAGUUGUAGCAGCGACCUUGCCAAGUUGAGGAGUAGGUAUACUUAUAUAGCGUGCCGCGCAAACAUCGGACAGUCACUUGUAAACAUUGCUUGUACACACUAGUGCUUAAACAUGAAACUCCUAAUCCUCUCGGUAUGCGUGGCGCUGGUGGCUGCGGACGUGUCCCACAUCCUGCCCAAGGAUGAGAAGUCCGCACAGAUCCUCAAGCAGGAACUGGAUGUCGGAGUGGAGGGAUCGUACCAGUACGCGUAUGAAACAGACAACGGCAUCGCGGCUAACGAGGCCGGUUCUCUUAAGCAGAUCAGCCCUGACCAAACAGCUGAAGUAGUCCAGGGUCAAGCCAGCUGGCAGUCACCCGAAGGAGAACAGAUCAAAUUCGAAUACAUUGCUGAUGAGAAUGGUUACCAACCACAGGGCUCCCACCUGCCAACCUCGCCCCCGAUUCCAGAGGCCAUCAUCCGUGCCUUGGAGUACAUCAGGGCUCACCCCCCACCCCCAGAGAAGAACUAAAUUAAACACUAAACUAUCCCUUAUUAGAAAAACUAUUUAACUUCACAAAAGGCCGGCAACGUAGUAGUAACGCCUCUGGUGUUGCGGGUGUCCAUGGACGGCGGUGAUUGCUUACCAUCAGGUGAUCUGUCUGCUUGUCAAAAAGGAAGGCGAAUUUCAACCAAAGGCCUCUUCUCACACGGAGAAGUAUUGAGCAUUAAUCACCACGCUUGCUCAAUGCGUGGCGAUUUCAAACUUAUAAUUAGAAAUUAUAAGCCCAGGUUUCCUCACAAUGUUUUCCUUCACCGUUUGUCAGUGGUGUCUAAAUAAUUUAACGGUUGAAAUUAAUAGCUGUUUAUUAUCCAAAAUCUUUAGAAAGAUCUUGGUAUUUGACAUAAAUUGACAGCACGAAGCAACUCUUUGUGUGAUCCACAAAAUUGUUGUUCCGGGUCUGUGUGUCAUGUGUAUGUGAACUUGUAUGUUUGUAAACGUACACACGACACAGGAGACAAUCCUAGUGUGGGACAACGUUUUUAAACAACACAAAUCUUUGGAACUUAUGUCAAAAUUCGAUUUUAAUCUAAAGAUUGUUGGAUAAUUUACUGUCUAACUUAAGCCGUGAAUGAAAUUCAGUAGUUUUUCUAUACAAGAGGGAUAAUACAAGCGUUUAGUAAUAAUUCUGUUAAUAUUUUUUAAGAACGACAAUUUGUAAAAUACUCAUUUUCUUGAAUUUUGUUUACACAUCUCUUCUGUGAUAGAAUAAAAUAAAAAUCUGUUGUUAAAAUGUA